GGCCUGAGCCCCGCCCAGGGCAGGGAGUCCGGCUGCGCCCUCCCCACCGUCCGCACGUCGCCGGUCCCACGGCGCCGGGGCCUCCCUGAUGCCUGCCGCAGGAAGAGGUGCUGGUGGCCAGCAUCAUCUUUGGGACAAGUGGAAGAUCAUCCCGGAAAGAAGGGAACAGAUGCUGCGUCCGGGUCCCAGAUGUAUAUUGGAACACAGCUGCUCCAGUGAAAGCCGAUUACGUAAAGCAGUGUUACAGGGGCUGUUUUCACCUUCCAUCUCGUACCGUGUCCCUUCAUUCACGACCAGUUAGGUGGGCUGAGCUCAGUGUCAGAAUCUUGGUUGGCUCCUCACAAGUCCCCCUUGAGGUGUGCUGCCCAAUCCCUGUCAUCUGUACACCUGGAAAACGCACACAGCUGCCGGGAAGAGCUGUGGCCAGGGCGCCACCCGACCCAUUUACCACCUCAAGUACGGUUCUUAGGUGUCUUUCAGCAUGCUCAGAGGUGUGGUUCAAGUUUCCUGGCAACACAGCCCUCCUGAGGAUGUUGCCUGCAAAUGGUCUGAAGUCCUAAUUUCAGUGCAGAGUUGGGUCCUCCAGCCCGACAGUUGCAAGUGUUCCCCAGUUAACUGAGGGCAGAGCCUGCCUCCGAGGGACCGUGUGCACCGGUGUGUAGGUGAGGGGGUGAUGAGUGGCCGAGUCCCCCUGGCAGAGAAAGCCCUGUCUGAAGGCCAUGCCCGUCUCAGGUAUAGGGACACCUCCUUGCUCAUCUGGCAGCAGCAGCAGCAGAAGCUGGAAUCUGUGCCUCCUGGGACAUACCUGAGCAGGAGCCGCAGCAUGUGGUACUCACAGUACGGAAACGAGGCCAUCCUAGUCCGAGACAAGGAUAAGCUCGAGGUCUCCCGGGACACUGGUCAGUCCAAGUUUUGCACAAUUAUGUAAUUCCAAUGCGAAAACCAAAGCCCAGGCGCCAAGCUUCAAGAAGAGCAGGCCCGUAUUUCAUGCAGCUGUCUUUUUAUUUCUAAUCCUUCUUUGUUGCUAUUAGCUGCCGUUGAGUCGAUUCCAACUCACGGCAACUCCAUGUGUGACAGAGUAGAACUGUUCCAUGUGGUUUCUUGGCUGUUAUCAGAAGCAGAUCGCCAGGCCUAUCUUCCGUGCUACUGUUGAGUGGGUUCAAAUUGCAAACCUUCAGCGAUUAAGCGCCAGCCAUUUGCACCACCUAGGGACCUUUCUGAUCCUUAGUGGGAGCUUCUGAACUGUUAACGUGAAGACCAAACUGUGGUCUAAAAACCCAGGAAGCACAGAAUGGACCCCAAGCCCUCUGGCACAGCACCUGGUGUAACUGGCACAGUAGAGACCAAGCUUCUGGACUGUCCCCAUAGUCAACCAUCACCAUGUUCUAAUUCUCCAGGGUCUGCCAGGCACAGCUCAGACCUGGGCAAUGCUAGAUGUGGCUUUUCUGCUAAGCUUCCAAAUAAACCUAGCAAGAGCGACCCCUCGUUACAAACCACCCCUGCAAGCUUUCAUCAAUUGUUCUUAGUAUUCACUUCUGCCCGGUAAAGAAUGGGUCAGAUCUAGAAAAAGAUGGGGCAGCUGGCAUCCCGUGUGGUCUGUCGUCCAUCUGCACAGACCAAGACCAGUUCACCAAGGCGCAGCCAACCUAGAUGGUCGUUGUCAUUUCCUCGGGAACUCUGUUGCACUUGAGUUUUGAGUCGAGUUACCUGGUGAUUGUCACGAAGAGUGUACUGUGGUCGCUUCUACACUAGCUGCCAGACACUUGAGGCUUGUGGGCAGGCACAUCCGAACGGCAAUGAGGAAAUGAAAUAUUAGUAAGCCCUGCUUCAGCUACCCUCCCGUGAUUUCAGAUUUAGUCACAGAGAAAGGCAGGUUUUGGACCGACAUCAGAGUGUCUUGGCCUCCCGUCCACGGCCACGGGCCCUUGCCGUUCAGGGUUGGUGCACACCGGGCCUUCCUGCACGCAGGGCCAGGGCUCUCCUGUUGGCAGCUUUUGUCGGAGUCAUCCAGCGUGAAAGGAUUGGCCACCUGCUGUAACUAAAGCCUGCUAGGCUGUGCACGCGCGGGAGUGGCCACUGUCAAAGCUGACUUCCCGGAAUAAACCUUCAGAAGUCUUCCUCCCGCCCCCAUGUGCCAUUUUUGUUUGCUCACAUCUUUUCGUUGGCUUCCAUUUUUUAAUAACGGUAAUACCUAAUGAUGGCUAGACACCCAAGUGUAGAAGUACAUAAAGCAAAGCAGAGUCCCCUCCCGAGAGCCCGUGGCUGUGAGCAGCUCGGCCUGGCCUCUCAGAGUUGCCUUCCCGCUGGCUGGCGUUCUGCAGGGUUUCUCUUGCUCAGCAGAACUUCCAGGGCAUCCCAUGCCCAUGAUGUCCACGGAUGGGCACAGAGGGGGCUGCCAGCC